UAGCCAAUUAUUGAUUAGUAUUGUCGUACAAUGGCUUCAAAAGAAGGAGGCGGUGAUAAGGCAAAGGGUCCUCAAGGAGCAGGAGAUGGAAAAGAGAAGCGAAGGAAAGAGUCUAUUCUCGACCUGAGUAAAUAUUUGGAGAAGAGUAUACGAGUAAAGUUCGCUGGAGGGCGCGAGGCCGCCGGCAUUCUGAAGGGUUAUGAUCCUCUGCUAAACUUGGUGCUCGACAACACCACGGAAUUUCUUAGAGAUCCUGAUGACCCAUACAAACUGCUAGAUGACACUAGAGCAUUAGGACUAGUAGUGUGCCGAGGAACCUCAGUGGUGUUGAUCUGUCCCAUGGACGGAAUGGAGGCAAUUCCAAACCCGUUCAUCACCCAGGAAGGAUAGUCUGUGUAAUGUAUGUUUUAUAUCUUUAAGUCUACAUUAAAUAAUUUAAGGACCA